AUGCCCACGUGUCCGGUCAGCAUGGCAUAUGGAUGGGGAUUCGGCUUCGUGAUCCUCUGGCUGCUGCAGAUUGCGCAUACGCAGCGUGGUCCGGCUGAGCAUAUCGAGUUUUACAGCGAUUACGGCAAAAAUCAUGACGAGGAAAGGCUCCACUACUCGCAUCAGUACCACAUCUCCGACGUGGCCAGUCAGGUGCACAUCCUGCACCGAGAGCAGCGUCAUGGGGACUACGUCUCCGGGUCGUAUGCCCACCUGGAGCCCAGUGGACAUGUUCGCAGUGUGCACUACGAGGUGCGGGGAGCCAACCGGGGAUUCAAGGCCGUGAUUGAGCAGCGCACCGGGAACAGUCGGGUGCACCAGGCGCUGGAAUUCCGGAGCAGGCAACCGAUCCGGGCUCUGACAAUUGCCGAGCCUGUGGCAUUUGUGAUUUAAGGUGUUCAGCGGCGUGAAACCGGCCCGUAAAGUAACAAGUGGCAAGCGGAUUAUUUGUCUUGUCUUACGCAGCCGUAAAUUGCAAAAUGUUUAAUUGUCUUUCAAUGACUGCGCUGACUUGUUAAGUGAAUUUCUUAUAUGAAAUUUAAAUUGAUUUCGGGAGUGGGCCAUAAAAUGUAAGCGAACAAUUUUAUUAAAGUUAAAAUGUAAAUAUUUUGGGGUUAUAUUUCAAGCCAAGCGGAAUGAAUGAAUAAAAUUAUUUCCUUUUUGUUUUCGGCGACAAGCAAACAA